AUGACGAAGUGCCUAUUCGACAAAUGCUGCGGUUGCAUCGAGCUGAGGACUGGUUGCCUCAUCAUAGGCUACCUGAACUUGAUUGGAGCUAUACUAGGCAUACUGACCGCCGCUAUCUUGGUUCUCGGCACCGGUAUCGCAUUGAGCGACAGUGAAGUUAGAGACCAGUUCAAACAUGAGUUUAAAGAAGCCGGAGCAGCGGUUGCCACAGCCGUCGUGGUGACAGCUGUGAUUCUUAUUAUACUCUUCGUUUUGUUCUUCGCCAUGAUCAUAGUCUACUUAGUCGGCAUUCAUCAGAACAAGAGGGGCCACGUGAAGGCAUACAUGAUUUUCUCAGUGAUCUUCUUGGUUAUCUUAACGAUUAUGUUCUUCGUUGGUUUGGCAAAUCCACCGGUUUCAGCUAGCGACGUCUGCUCUAAGAUCCUCAACAUUUUACUCAACAUUUACUUUUUACUUGUCAUCCGAAGCUAUUAUUACAAGAUGAACGACGCAAGCCGUCAGCCAGCCAUCUACAAUACUGCUUAA